AUGGUGGUCAAUAUUAUUUCAUCGCGCAUGGACAAAGCUACGAGAGUUGCAUGGGAGACGCGGCAGAAACCAGGAACUCUUCCGAGCUAUUUGGAUACGAUGGCGUUUCUGAAAGAACAGUGUAAAAUUAUUGAAAAAAUUGAAACGAACAUUAAAGUGGAAAAUGUGAAACCGAAAGCGGUGUCCAAGGGGCACACGCUAGUGAAUACAAGUGAACUGAAAGGUGAACUCAAAUGUGCUGUUUGUAAAAGUGCCCAUGAACUAUGGAAAUGCGAGGGCUUCAAGAAACUGAGUGUAAGUGACAAAUAUAGCACACUAAAGAAAUCCGGUUGCUACUUCAAUUGCUGGCAGAAAGGCCACCGGACAAAUGGAUGUACUUCGUCGCAUAGUUGCCGUGAAUGUGGCAAACGCCACCAUACGUCGCUGCACGCCGCUGACGCAACCAGUUGCAAAUUGGACGACUCGAAAAAUGCUGCCAGGAAUACCGCUGAAAAUGAAGAUUCUCGAUUCUCUCAUAGAGACUCCGAGGCUGGCGUCCAAGAAGUUAAUGUUCCUCAAUCCGGCACUGCCACAACAUUAAGCGUCAGUGUUGAAGGUGAUACAAAGCACACAUUGUUAUCAACCGCGGUGGUCCAAGUCCGUGGCUCGAACUCUGUUGUGUAUCCCUGCCGGGUGCUACUGGACUCUGCAUCUACAGUGCAUAUCGUCACGGAACGUUUUGCCAAUCUGUUCGCCCAGAAGAAGGAACCUGUUGACUACACCGUGAGCGAACUCAAUGGGACAAACACAAGGCUUCGUCGUAUGGUACGCAUGACACUCGAGUCCUGCAUGGGCGACUUCAUGGCUGAAUUGGAAUUUCUCGUGGCACCGAAGAUUACAAGUGACAUUCCAGAAAGAUCCUUCGAUACAUCAUCGUGGUCCAUUCCGGCGAACAUAGAGUUAGCUGAUCCGUACUUCCAUCGAAGAGGACGCAUUGAUAUGCUCGUUGGUGCGGAGAUUUUUUGGCACAUAGUUAAGGAUGGCCAGUUCAAACUUGGAUCGAAUUUACCAGUGUUGACCAAAACAGAGUUUGGUUGGAUCGCUGGUGGCGUAAUUUCAUCUGACGCACCAGUAAUAGCGCGGUCGUUUUGUCAAACCGCUAAUGAAGACCUGACCGAAAUUCUACGAAGCUUCUACAAGCUGGAAGCUUGUGACGAGAUCCAGCACACGGCUAAGGUGGUCGAUGAACGAUGUUUGGAACACUUCCGUGAGACCCACAUACGAGAUCAGGACGGAAGAUACUUCGUGCGACAUCCGUUAAACGAUACGAAGAAACAACUUGGUGAUUCUCUAAAAAUGACAACGAAAAGAUUCUUCUCGUUAGAGCGACGACUUGACAGGGAACCUGAAAUCAAGCAGCAGUAUGCUAGUUUUAUGCGAGAAUAUGAAGACCUCGGUCACAUGUAG